AUGGCGAUUCGGCAUCUGAUUCUCCUCUCCCGCCAGGGCAAAGUGCGCCUCGCCAAGUGGUUUACGACCCUGUCACCAAAGGAAAAGGCCAAGAUUGUCAAGGACGUCUCCCAGCUGGUCCUCCCUCGACGCACCCGGAUGUGCAAUUUCCUCGAAUAUAAAGAUACCAAGAUUGUUUACCGUCGAUAUGCCUCACUCUUCUUCAUUGCGGGCUGCGAUGCCGACGACAACGAGCUGAUUACCCUCGAAAUCAUCCAUCGUUACGUCGAACAGAUGGACAAGUACUAUGGCAACGUUUCCGAGCUUGACAUCAUCUUCUCCUUCACCAAAGCAUACUAUGUUCUCGAUGAACUGUUGCUCGCGGGCGAGCUGCAAGAGAGCAGCAAAAAGAAUGUGCUGCGCUGUAUAGGGCAGCAGGAUUCGCUAGAAGACAUGGAGGUCUCGGACUCGAUCAUGAGAGGCCUCGAGGAUGCUGGGUUCGUUUGA